AUGGAGCUGUACGAAAUGACGGAUUUUCCCCAGCGAAGAAAGCUACAGGGUAACUCGGGGAAGGUCCAGGCGAUUCAAGCGCCUGACUUGGGAGCACCUCCUGCUCGCGGCGACUUGAAUAUCACGUGGUUUCGAUGGCAGAGCGUGUCGACGCCGACGCUCGUGGACUGGAGCAUCACUCCGUACAUGACGCCAAUGUUGAACCAGCAGUUCUGCGAGAGCUGUUGGGCGAUGACGGCGACGGACCUGGUGAGCAUCGUGUGGGCGCAGAUCAACAACCAGACGGCGGAGCUGCUCUCCACGCAGCACGCCUGCGACUGCUCCUCGUCCGCGUGCUGCCGCGGCGGCUGGCCCGAGUGGGUCUUCCAGUUCAUCAUGGCCAACGGCGGGGUGGCUUCUAACGCGGAUUAUCCCUACGCGGGCAUGAUGAACUCGACGUGUGCGAGCGUCGCGAAGACGAAGCUCAAAGCGAAGAUCAACGGGUGGGAGAAGGUGCCGGCGCGGAGCAACACGGCGCUGAUGAAGGCCGUGGCGCAGCACCCCGUGCUCGUGUAUAUCGCCGGCAGCAGCAGCGACUUCAUCAAUUACUCGGGUGGGAUUUUCUUCGGGCAGUGCAGCGGCGAAAUCGACCACGCCGUGGUGGUCGUGGGUUACAGUCUCGUCGACCCUAAUUCGCCGGUCUGGAUCGUCAAAAACACCUGGGGACCCUCCUGGGGCGAAGGCGGUUACAUGCGGCUGCCCAUGCUCGCGGACGGGCCUGGAAAGUGUAAUAUGUUAAGCGAACGGGGGCUUUACCCUACCUUUUACGAUAAGAACAAGGGAUCUGCUCUAUGCAAGCUGCCGAUAAAUCCAUGCGGAGGCGGGACCUGUGUGGUGACUAACGGUGCUGCGCGGUGCAGUUGCCCGCCUGGAUUUGUUGAGAGACUGGAGAACGACGCGCCUAAGUGCACGCUGGCUACACCGUGUGACGCGAAUCCGAAUCCGUGCGGUAUCGGGACGUGCUAUAACGAGUUCGACGGCAGCUACACUUGCUCGUGCCCCGCUGGCUCCGUGAUUGGUUCGCGUGUUGACGGCAGCAUGACUUGCGUGCUCGGCACGUUUCAAUCGGGUCUCCAAACCUACACGACUCUGCUAGGCGACACCUGCCAAACCAUCGCCAGCACGUUCGGAUUCACCAUAGACUUUCUCCAAGCCAAGAACCCGUUCCUCGACUGCUCCCAACCACUCACCCCGGGUUACGUCAUCCUCGUCGGUUCGACAAACACCACUUUAGGCUGCUCCGCGAUGGAUAUAGUCAGUCCUGGCGACACGUGUAGUACGCUUGCUACACGCAACAACAUCACUGUACGCCAGCUGUUAGGGAUCAACCCAACCCUCAACUGCAACGUGUCGCUGCAGCGCUCGCAGACGCUGUGCGUCGCGCCGGGCGCGCUUUCGUCCACGUCGCCGCUGAUCCGUUCGUGCGGGCGAGUGUACAACGUGGGCCCGCAGGACCGAUGCGUGGACAUCGCCCGCGGAUUCAACAUCUCGCUCAUAGAUUUCGUCUGGCUGAAUCCUGGGCUUCGGUGUGACGACAACCCAAUCAAUAACGCCAUUGCAGUCUGCGUGGCUCCUCUCACCACUGAGUUCGUCACAGUGGACUGCUCCUCGUGGUACGCAGUCACACAGGCGGACUCGUGUCCUCUCAUGGCCAACUCGGCAGGUCUCACAGUCAGCCAGUUCCUCCGCCUCAACCCGGGCCUCAGGUGCUACCCGCCAUACCUCCAGAUCGGGCAGAAAGUCUGUGUGAACGGCACAACACAGUCCAUGACCAAGUACCCGCUCUCCCCGAACGUCAUCCCGUACUCUGUGGGGGUCAACGACACACUCGCGUCCAUUUCAAAGCAGUACGCCUCCAUGUGUCCCAACAACACCUUCCCUGCGGAUAUCUGCUCGUCCAACUCCCUCCCCGACUGCUCAGACCAAUCCAUCUCGCCCGGCCAAAUGCUCCUCAUCCCCUGCACGAGGAAGAUCGCAGGGGACAUCUGUGCCGCUUCCCUCCCCGUCUGCGGCUCGGAUUUUGUCACGUACCAGUCGGUGUGCCAUGCGGUGCUCAGCUUUGCGCUGCCGCUGGUGAGAACGGGCCCGUGCAACCUGUGCAACGAGGGGAUCUGCCAGAACCGCACGGCCAUCGAUCCCGUUCCAAACACGUGCCCUGCACCGCCCGGCAUGUGCCCGUUCCCAACCUGGCCGCUCACUCCGGACUAUUUCUACUACUGCCCAUGGGUGUUCAAAUCCCAGUGUGACUGCUUGCUGUACACCUGUGAUUAUCUUU